GUCCUGCAAGUUGAGAGAAAGUCAACUUAUCGUGUUUUUGCAAAGAGAUACAUAGAGAUUUAUAUUUAUUUAUUUUUUUGCUGGGUGAUUAUCACUGAAGGGGACCAUGGUUAUGUUGAAGAUCUCUGCUUUCCUUGUUGCCUACGCCCUGGUCAUUUGCCAGAUGUACUGCUCACAAGCCGCUCCUGCCAGACCGGGUUUAGAGUCCAUGUCAGAUCGAGUCACGCUCACGGACUACGAGGCGCGAAGGUUACUCAACGCCAUUGUCAAGGAGUUUGUGCAGAUGACGGCGGAGGAGCUGGAGCAGCAGGCGACUGAAGGAAACAGCGUUACAGCACAGAAGCGAGCCUGCAACACGGCUACCUGCGUCACUCACCGCCUGGCGGACUUCCUCAGCCGAUCGGGGGGCAUGGGCAACAGCAACUUCGUCCCCACCAACGUCGGCGCCAAGGCCUUCGGGAGGCGGAGGAGAAACGUCCAGAUGUGAGCACCCCAAACCUUCAGGGAAACGAGGUUGAAUCCUGACGAGAAAAACCUGAGAACAAAAAUCAACAAAAACAAAAAUCAAGCAGAAAAUAAACAGUGGACUGGCCCUUUAUCCAUCCCUCACCUUCUUACUGGAAAAAGAAAGAAAAAAAGACCCACCGGACUCUCGUCCCCAUCUCCAUCCUGUUAGUGAAACCUUUUGCUUUCAGCAAAUAAGAGAAAAAAGAGAAAAAAAGCACUUUAGUUUCUGUACAUGAACAAAUGAACUCCUGAAGAAAGAAAAAACAUGGUUCCUCUUUUUUAUACAUGAGUAUGAUUGGAAAAUAAAAUGAAAGCAGCAGUGGUUAUCACCUGAUUUUCUUCCUCCUUUCUCCUCCUUAGAGCACAUUUCCUCCAUGCUCCUCAUCUUUCCAGAUCCAUACUCUCCACAUUUCCCACAAUCCCCUCUGCCCCAAAGCCCCCCCACCCCCCAUUUUCCUGUGUGCCAGAGGGACGCCAUUAAAGAUCAGCCUACCCAAGGCCCCCCCACAACGGCUGUUGUCUUGUGCCUUGAUGUAGAACAAUUUACAUGAACAUGAUUGUACAGUUCUGUUUCGAGACGCUAAAGAAGAGCCGAGCGAGGACGGAGAGAAU